AUACAGGCUGCAAGGCACACGUCCAAAGAGCUGGCUGGGGAGACACUAAAUCAGUCCCGGACCGGCUCCCGGCCAGACUGGGUUCUGCCCUCCCUGGCCCCACCCCCACGAACCGCGAAAUCCGAGGGCCCGCCGCAUGCACCUUCCUGGUCCGGGUUCUGUGCAGGCACCACUGUGAUCGAUCGGUGCGCAGCCCAGGCAACGCAGACAGAAAUCGAUCAGACCCUUGCCGCGGCCGCCGAGGGCACGUGACGAGGCCGCAGCCCGCUGGCUCCGGCGCCGCGCGGGGACCGACUGCGGCGCGCUGCGGCAGAGCGCGGGCGGCGCUGCGGGCCCGGGGCUCGGGAGGCGCUGCUGGCCCGGCCCGCCCGCGGCGGCGUCACGAGGGGCGGGGCGGAGGCGCGCCGGGAAGUUGCGCCCGCGGAGUUGCAGCCUCGUAAGUAACCGCAGGCCGGUGGGAGGGGCGGCUCGCCGCGCGCCCUUCCUGAGCUCCCCGAGUCCGAGGAGGUGCGCCCUCGCUCUCGGAGUGGCCCCAAGGGCUCCGCUCGAGGGACGCUCGGCGCCCUGGAAACUAGCUUUUUCCCCCUCCUUGCGACAAGCGGAGACCCUAAGGCGAGGACUCGAGGGGAGGGCGUGGCGGGCCCAGGGUCCCCUGCUGGUCGUAGACCCGGCGGGCCCUCGGUGCCUUCGGUACACUGCUGGGGACACCGAGGAAGCCGGCAAGGGGUGGUAAGGUUGCUCCUCCUCGAUUCUGACUCUCACCGACCGACCGACGGCUGCGCCAUGUCCAGAGGCCCAGGAUCCACGGUCCUGCCGCCGUCCCCGGGGUUCCGGAAGCCGGCUCCCCGGAGCCUCAGCUGCCUCUCCGACCUGGACGGAGGCGCGGCCCGGGAGCCGCGGCCCUGUAGGCCCCCGGGGAGCCCAGGCCGGGCGCCAGUGGCGCCCGCGCCAUCGGGCUGCGACCCCCAGCUGCGGCCCAUCAUCCUGAGGCGAGCGCGCUCGCUGCCCAGCUCCCCAGAGCGCCGACCCAAGGCCGCUGGCGCGCCGGGCGCUGCGUGUCGUCCGGGCUGCAGCCGGCAGCUCCGUGUGCGCUUCGCAGACGCACUGGGCCUGGAGCUGGCUCAGGUCAAGGUGUUUAACGCGGGAGAUGACCCGUCGGUGCCGCUGCACGUGCUGUCACGCCUCGCCAUCAACUCAGAUCUGUGCUGCAGCAGCCAGGACCUGGAGUUCACCCUGAGGUGCCUGGUGCCUGAUUUCCCACCGCCUGUCGAGGCCGCGGACUUCGGCGAGCGUCUGCAGCGCCAGCUUGUGUGCCUGGAGAGGGUCACCUGCUCGGACCUGGGCAUCAGCGGUACGGUGCGCGUGCGCAACGUGGCCUUCGAGAAGCAGGUGGCAGUGCGCUACACCUUCUCCAGCUGGCGCACUGCGCAUGAAGCGGUGGCGCGGUGGCGUGGGCCUGCGGGCCCCGAAGGCACCGAGGACGUCUUCGCCUUCGGUUUUCCGGUGCCACCCUUCCUGCUAGAGCUCGGAUCACGUGUGCACUUCGCCCUUCGCUACCGAGUGGCUGGUGCCGAGUACUGGGACAACAACAACAGCCGUGACUACAGCCUCACGUGUCGCAACCACUCUCUGCACAUGCCUCGUGGGGAGUGCGAAGAGAGUUGGAUCCACUUCAUCUGAGCUGCGGUCCGAGUGCCUGGAGCUCCAAGGUGCUGACCUGUAGGUCUUUCCUGGCAGGGUGCUCACUUCUGGGCGGGUUCACCUACCCUGCCGCUCCCCCAAGUUCUGAACUCGUUUUCUUUGCAAGAUCCCCUGACAGUGGCUCUUCCUGUCUUCUACAUGAAAUUUCUGUGUCACCUUGUCUAAUAAGUAGCCUCACGUAGCCAGAAAGACAAGUCGGUUGUGGAGUGUGUUGGGGGGCAGGUGCAUGGGAAUGUUUGCCUCUUUGGAGAGGACCCAGGCCCUGUUUUGGGGAAAGACCCAUCUCCUGCUAGGAAGGCCUUUUGCAUGUGUCCCGAAUGUAUCUCUGUAAACUAGCUGUUAUUUAUUAUUGUAAUGUUGGGACCUUAGGCCCAUAGCGGAUACCUUCUCAGGAAUAUUCUGAAUAUAAGCUUAAAGUCAUGUUGUGUGUUUUUGACCAUUGUAAACAAAAUGUGCAGUGUGACCUGCAUUAUGGUCCCUCAAGGCAUUCCUGCCCUGGGACAAGGAAAACCUGAGACCUCAUUUGCUUGCCAAUGCCUGUAGCCUUCUAGCAGUGGAAACUAUUAAUAGGCACAGAGACCUCUGCCUCGCCAGCCAUCCCGCAGCCUUUCUGGGGCUCUGGGCUGUCUCCCCUACAUCAGCAGCUGAGAAGAGAAUGCUUAGGAUGUUUCAGCUGGCAACAGCCCUUUCUCUGCAGUCACUCCUCGUGUCCGGAUUUCUCUUGUACUUGUUUGGUCACUGUGUCUGUGCACAUUAUUGGGUCAUCCUGUUUGGGUGUGAAACUACCUAAACAUUUUAAGAAAUCUUGCCUUAAGUUAUUUCAAUUUUCAGGUGACUAUAGAAUUUCAAGCAGUGUGCCCUUUGUAAUUAACCUUUCUGACAAUUAAGGUGACUUUUUAAUUUCCUCUUAAGGAUCAGAAAAUUCCAGGAUUUGUCUUUUGUAAGUUCAUGUGGACUUAGCAAGUGGAACUAGAAGGUGUUUUCAGCAUUAGCUAAAGCCCUGGAGGAAAAAUAAUUCACAAAUUUUUUAUUCUAAAUUGUUUUAAAUUGUACUUAUAGGUCAGGUUUUUUCAGCUACCUGCAACUUUAUUCUUUGUGCCUUCAGAUAGGAGAAAUUUUAACAUUUUCUGGGCUUGUUUCCCAGUUUUUAAAUGUUAAAUGCUUAAAAACACACACACACACACACCACUAACCAGGCAGUCAAGACCACUGCUCCAGUGUUACUUAAUGUUCCCAUUAAGAGGCUGAUGAGUUCUUUCGGUGCUGAGUGGUGGUCUCUCUGACAGCAGGUGCUAGAACUGAUGCAUGAAAAACCAGCUGAGAUGUCAGAACCCCCAAGAUGGGACAUUUGUCUAUGAUGCAGCUGAAGCCAAUGGGGUUGAUUUUUACGAUGGCUGUGUCACCCACCGGGAGUGAAGUUUUCCAGUGCCUGUUAACAUUUGUAUAAUCAGUACUGAAAAGAUGCAUUUUGCCUUUUAACCAGUUUGCUUUUGAUAACUGCAACCUCUGUUUUUAACGUUCCAAGAACAUAAAUGACUUUAUUUGAUAACUUUCGAUCCAGGAACACCAAAUCUUGAUUUAAAAUAUGGUGAUUAAAUUGCACAGCCUUUGCCCGUUAGGGCUGUGAACUACAUUGGCAUGAGAGAGAGAGAGAGAGAGAGAGAGAGAGAGAGAGAGAGAGAAGCCUGGUUGCAGUCCUGCUGCUUAACAAACUGUCCAAUUAGGUCAACAAGUGUUUGAGGGCCUUGGCUGCUCUCCCCAUGACCCCAGCCCAGAGUGCAAGACAAUUGUCCCUACUAUUCAGGUACAGGUUAGAGCUGCCAAAUGUGUUGUUUAAAGGCAUGAAGAGCAUCUUUCAUCUAUGUGAAAGUCACUUGCCAGGAAGGUUCUGGUUGUAGUAUAAAGAGUAAUGGCAUAUCAUCAAAAUUAAAAGAACCUCAAUGUGCCUUUUAAAAAAGCAACGUUUUGAAACUUAGAAGCUUAAAUAGACUUACCUGGUGGACAGAGAAGUUUUAAGACAGCUCAUGAGUUUUCAGACCUAACACAAAGCUCUAUUGCUUAGAUGUUAAAAGCUUGUAGUGGAUUGUGCAAUUGUUGGGUUGUCUCCCCAAGCAUAUUUUAUUGUAAUUCAUUGAAAAUGAUUUUACUGAAGCAUAAGCAUUAAAGUAUAUGUGCA